AUGAGCAAGGCGGCCGUCUCACGCCCGCGCGUGUAUGUGCGCAUUCGCCCCCUCAAUGACCGCGAGAAGCGGGAGGGCAACGGCGAGCUCAUCUGCCGCGGCGACCCGCGCGUGCAGGACACACUCUUCAUCAAGAAGGAGGAGGGUGGGCAGGAGCUACAGACACGCUUCGACCGCGUCUUCGACCGUGACACGAUGCAGUCGCUUGUGUUCGACACCAUCGGACCGGAGGUGAUUGACACGCUCUUCAGCGGCUACAACGCCUCCGUCUUCGCAUACGGGCAGACUGGCAGCGGUAAGACCUACACGAUGGAGGGCAACCGCGCCAAGGAGGAGGGGUGGGGACUCACGCCGCGGCUCAUCCGCGCCGUGUUCGAGCGGUUCGCUGCAAACAAAGACAUCACCGACAGUGUGUGCGAGGUGAGUCUGGUGCAGAUAUACCAGGAGAAGAUACAGGACCUGCUGGCGGGGCAGAAGCAGCUGGAAAUUCACAUGGAUCGUACAGGACAGUAUGUUGCGCGUGACGCCACGUGGCUCCGGGUGCGGAGCCUUGAAGAGAGCAUGCGCCUGUACUCACGAGCGGCGGAGAUGCGUGCGACGUCGGCUACAGAAAUGAACCUCGUCUCUUCGCGCAGCCACAUGAUUAUGAUGGUGAAGUUGCAAUGGGACGAGCCCUCGCUACCGGGCUCACGGGCGCAGCUCAACCUUGUCGAUUUGGCAGGGUCCGAGCGGCUGGCGCAGUCCGGCGCCACAGGCGAUGUUAUGUGGGAGGCAAUUCACAUCAACAAGUCGCUCAGUGCUCUUGGAAAUGUUGUGUCAAAGUUGGUGGAGCAGGCAAAACACAAAGGCCGCCGAAUCCACAUCCCGUACAAGGACAGCAAACUCACCUACCUGCUGCAGUCAAGUCUGGGUGGAUCCAAUCUCAUUCAUUUCAUAUUGGCAGUGUCAUGCAGUGCUCUCUGGCGUGGGGAGACGAACUCGACGAUUGAGUUUGGUAAGCGGGCUCUUCAGCUGGUGCUGCGUCCGGUCCGAAACGCUAUUGAUUACACGCGUCUGGCAGAAAUGGAGGAGAUGAUUGAGCGCAUGCGCUCGCACAUCGCUACUUUAGAGGAGGAACUCCGCGACAAGCGAAGCAACGAGGCUGCAGAGUUUCUCAAACUCAAACAAAUUCCACAAUACGGCGAAGAGACGAACUUGCGCCAUCUCGCACGUCAGAAUCGGAGUCGACAAAAGAAGAAGCUUAAGAUGCAGACGGAACUUGCCCGAAUCAUGGCUAACCUGCCAGAGACCUUUGAUGACUUGACAUCGCACUGCGUUCUUUUCCCAGAGUCCAAGGCAAGUUUCCGAGAGCUUGGUGGACUGCAGCGUCUCGUGCACUUUGUGGACCGCUCCGCCUCCACUUUCUAUCGCUCCAAUGCAGCGCAGACGAUCGCUAGUGUCUUAGACGAUGGUGGUCGUGAGAUGCUCCUCGAGAUUGGCGGUCUAGAUGCAUUAACGCGGCUGCUGCAGGUGAAGGAGGAACGCUGUAAAGAGGCUGCCUGUGUGGCGCUUGAGGCCGCUUGUCGUGGAUGCCUAAAGAACAAGAAGGAGCUCCUACCAAUCGUGUAUGCAGAGUUGGUGGAACUCAUCUACAUCUAUCCGAAUCAGCAGGUGCAGGAGGCAGCAUGUACGGCAGUGGCUGCUAUUGUCGAUUUGUACCCCGAUGCACGACGUGCCUUUGAGCGGCUUGACAUUGUGCCGAAGCUCCUCGAGACGAUCCGUAACACCCCAGAAGAGGUGGUUAACCUCACGAAAUCAGCGACGAACUGUCUCGGUCGUUUGUCCAGUGGUGAUCCUGAGAUGCAGCACGUGAUUGCCUCAUUUGGUGGUAUUGACUUGCUCAUUGAUGUACUGUUUAGCCCAGCAGGGACACGCGACCAUCAGGUGCCUAUCCUCGCCUCCUACGCCCUCGUGAACCUGUGCUGCAGCAACGAGCAGAAUCUUGAUAUCGCGCAGGACCACCCACGUUAUGGUGAGGUGAAGUUCCGUCUGUUGGAGGGGCUUGCGCGGGCAUUUGGUAUCAACACUGCACGUGAAGGAUACGGCCGCGCUACUGCACAUGAGACGGAGUCACCAUUUCCAUACUCCGGCGUCACUAUUGUGGACAAGUGGUCUGCCACAUCGUCAGGUGGUCGCCCAAUUUUCUCCACCUUCAUGGACAACCCGCAGUUCUACCUGUAUGUGAACAAGACGACUGACAUUGCCUUUAUGAUACAGGAUGUGCUCUACGAAUCUCGCAUGCUCAAGAAGAAGAAGAAUAACACAGUGUACAUGGGCCUUGCACUAUUUGAAGGUGACCCUGAGCUUGCAAAGGCGGGCCUUAAGCAGCUUGAUUUCCACGGUCGUAUGGUUGAGAUUGGGAAGUAUACCUCCAACUGCGAGAAUGUCCUCCACUGCACACUGCAACCAAGUGAGACACCGUAUGUGGUGGUACCUUUUACGAGCCAGCGUGGCCGCCAGACGGAGUUUGCCUUGUCUGCAUUCGCUGACAAACCCAUUGAGUUAACUGCUGUGCCUGAGCAGGUUGGUUGGGUACGCACUGUGUUGGAUGGAUGUUGGACGGAGUUUACAGGUCGUGGUGGCGAUGGGUUUGACUGGCGCUGCAAUUCGCAGAUUCGUCUACAACCCAAGGAGAAUUGUCGUGCAGUUUUUGUCCUUUCAUACCUCUCCCUCGACCGGCAGCGUGCGCACUCGCGUGAUGAGGAGGGGGAGGAGCAGAACAUGCGACCGCGUCUACACGGUCGGCUCUUCACCAACUUUGCUGCAGAGAAGCGAUACCUCAAGGCCCUUGUUCCACUGCCACAAAAGUCCACCUUUGUCGCCAGCAACAGUUUCGCCAGCAAUAGCUACAUUACUACAUCUGCUAACCUCAAGGCGGGGGAGCCGUAUGUGUAUAUUCCCUUCACCGAGACUCCGUUCCAGGACAGCUGGCGGCUUUCUGUGUACUGCGACACAGAUGAAGUUGAUAUUGCACCGAUUGAGGGGAGCAAGGCGGAGUGGCACUGCACCACUUCUGCUGGUACAUGGGCGGGGAAGCCGAUCGCGGUGCAGAUAGACACCAAAGGCAAGAUGGUGGCAGUUGCUAGCAGCCCUGGUGUCUUCUUGCGUGUGCGACUGCUCAACGUGAAGGGAAAGAAGUUGGAGGGUAUUGAUGCCUACUGGAACUCCGAGGCGUCGGUGGAAUACAAGAGCCAAGGCCCCGUCACUGUUCAGGUGGAGGGGAUGAUGCGCAUCGAAAAGGGUCAAGAGGUGGCACACGGCAUGAGGUUCGAUGUGUUCAUUUUUACGGAGAACAAGUGUACGGUUCAGCAUGUUGACUUCCCCGCCGCCCCCAGCAGCCUGCCUCACCCGUCGAAGAGCACGCCGGUAGAACUACUCAACUACCCCGUUGAAGUUGUAGAUGCAGACGCGCCGUUUGCUACGCUUGAUCAGAGCGACGACGAGGAUGAAGAGGUUUACGAAGAUGAUGAUGUGAUGGAACGUGAGGCGGAUCUGGCGCAGACGCUCGAAACGCGCAAUCAGGAGAACGCACAGCUGCUGAACCGCAUCGUCGAGCAGCAGCGCGAGCUGGCGGAACUCCGGCAGCUGCGCGAAACCAACCCCUUGCCCACGGUUCCGUCAGCGGAGGCGAGCAUGAAAGAGUCCAGCAACGGGAGACGACGAGUGGGAGACACGCCGCCGCAGCAGCAGCAGCAAACGCGCAAGCAAACCGGGAAGAAGGGGGCCCGGGCUUCCAGCUCGAAGGGCAUUGCGCCAGAGCCGCCGCUGCCGCCGAGCGUGACGAAUUCCGCGCGCCGUGAGAGCAACGCGGCGACGCGGACGAUGCAGGAGGUGGUGGAGUACUCGCUGCUCACGCUCAACAGUCUCGAGCGGCGCACUGCCCCACCAACGCCGGAGGAAUGGGAGGAGCUGCAGAACGAAUUGAGAGAUCUCCAGCGGCGGCUCUUCCUUGCGCUCGAAGUCAACUCGACAUCUUCAGCCGGAGUGGCGUAG